AUGGCUUUGGCCGGGCUCUGCUCGCUGCUGGCCGGCUGCUGCCUGGCCGCGGGCAGCGGCCCCGCCGAGGCGGCGGCGGAGGCGGCGGCCAAGGAGCUGGAGUGCAAGCUGAAGAGCAUCACGGUGUCGGCGCUGCCCUUCCUGCGGGAGAACGACCUCAGCAUCAUGCACGGCCCCUCGGCCGCCGAGCCCAAGCUGCUCUUCUCGGUCCGCAACGAUUUCCCCGGCGAGAUGGUGGUGGUGGAUGACCUGGAGAACACGGAGCUGCCCUACUUCGUGCUGGAGAUCUCAGGCAACACGGAUGACAUCCCCCUGGUGCGCUGGCGGCAGCAGUGGCUGGAGAACGGCACCUUGCUCUUCCACAUCCACCACCAGGACGGGGCCCCCAACCUGCCUGGCUUCGACCCCACAGAGGAACCCCAGACUGAGUCAGCAGAGGAGGAGCUGAGGAUCCUCCACAUCUCUGUCAUGGGAGGGAUGAUCGCGCUGCUGCUCUCCAUCCUCUGCCUGGUGAUGAUCCUCUACACCCGCCGGCGCUGGUGCAAGCGGCGCCGGGUGCCGCAGCCCCAGAAGAGCGCCAGCGCCGAGGCGGCCAACGAGAUCCACUACAUCCCUUCGGUGCUGAUCGGGGGCCACGGGCGGGAGAGCCUGCGCAACGCCCGCGUGCAGGGCCACAACUCCAGCGGGACGCUCAGCAUCCGCGAGACGCCCAUCCUGGACGGCUACGAGUACGACAUCACCGACCUGCGGCACCACCUGCAGCGCGAGUGCAUGAACGGCGGCGAGGACUUCGCCAGCCAGGUCACCCGCACCCUGGACUCGCUGCAGGGCUGCAAUGAGAAGGCCAGCAUGGACCUCACACCAGGGAGCGAUAAUGCCAAGCUGUCCCUGAUGAACAAGUACAAGGACAACAUCAUUGCCACCAGCCCCGUGGACUCGAACCACCAGCAGGCCACUCUGCUGUCCCACACUUCCAGCAGCCAGCGCAAGCGCAUCAACAACAAAGCACGAGCUGGCUCAGCAUUUCUCAACCCCGAGGGGGACUCGGGGACGGAGGCAGACACCGACCCCCAGCUGACCUUCUACACGGACCCCUCGCGGAGCCGGCGGCGCAGCCGAGUGGGGUCCCCCCGAAGCCCUGUGAACAAGACCACGCUGACCCUCAUCAGUGUGACAAGCUGUGUCAUCAGCCUGGUGUGCUCUUCCCACAUGAACUGCCCCCUUGUCGUCAAGAUCACCCUCCACGUCCCUGAGCACCUCAUCGCUGAUGGAAGCCGGUUCAUCCUGCUGGAGGGGAGCCAGCUGGAUGCCAGUGACUGGCUGAACCCUGCACAGGUCGUCCUCUUCUCCCAGCAAAACUCCAGUGGGCCCUGGGCCCUGGACCUCUGUGCCCGGCGCCUCCUCGACCCCUGUGAGCACCAGUGUGACCCUGAGACUGGGGAAUGUCUCUGCUAUGAAGGUUAUAUGAAAGACCCCGUGCACAAGCACCUCUGCAUCCGGAACGAGUGGGGAACGAACCAGGGGCCUUGGCCAUACACCAUCUUCCAGCGUGGCUUCGACUUGGUGCUGGGUGAGCAGCCCUCUGACAAGAUUUUUCGGUUUACCUACACCCUGGGGGAGGGCAUGUGGCUGCCCCUGAGCAAGAGUUUUGUCAUCCCACCGGCCGAGCUGGCCAUCAACCCCUCAGCCAAGUGCAAGACUGACAUGACAGUGAUGGAGGAUGCAGUGGAGGUCAGGGAAGAGCUGAUGACCUCAUCCUCCUUCGACAGCCUGGAGGUGCUUCUUGACUCCUUUGGCCCCGUUCGUGACUGCUCCCGGGACAACGGGGGCUGCAGCAAGAACUUCCGCUGCAUCUCGGACCGCAAGCUGGACUCCACGGGCUGCGUGUGCCCGACGGGACUGAGCCCCAUGAAGGACGGCACAGGCUGCUAUGACCGUCACGUCGGCGUGGACUGCUCCGACGGCUUCAACGGGGGCUGCGAGCAGCUGUGCCUGCAGCAGAUGGUCCCCCUGCCCGAAGACCCCCUGCUCUACAACAUCCUCAUGUUCUGUGGGUGCAUUGAGGACUACAAGCUGGGCACGGAUGGGCGCUCGUGCCAGCUGAUCUCGGAGUCGUGCCCUGAGGCCGGGGACUGCGGCGAGCCCCGCGAGCUGCCCAUGAACCAGACGCUCUUCGGGGAGAUCUUCUAUGGCUACAACAACCACUCCAAGGAGGUGGCACCGGGACAGGUGCUCAAAGGGACCUUCAGGCAGAACAACUUUGCCCGGGGCCUGGAGCAGCAGCUGCCGGAUGGGCUGGUGGUGGCCACAGUGCCCUUGGAGAACCAGUGCCAAGAGGAGCUCUCUGACCCCACACCUGACCCUGAGUUCCUCACUGGGAUGGUGAACUUCAGUGAGGUGUCUGGGUACCCCCUCCUGCAGCACUGGAAGGUGCAGUCUGUCAUGUACCAUGUCCGGCUCAACCAGAUGACCAUCUCCCAGUCCUUCAGCAAUGCACUCCACUCUCUGGAUGGAGCCACCUCCCGUGGAGAUUUUGUGGCGCUGCUGGACCAGUUUGGCAACCACUACAUCCAAGAGGCAGUGUACGGCUUCGAGGAGUCCUGCUCCAUCUGGUAUCCCAACAGGCAGGUCCAGAGGCAGCUCUGGCUGGAGUAUGAGGACAUCAGCAAAGGCAACUCCCCCUCAGAUGAGUCAGAGGAGCGGGAGCGGGACCCCAAGGUGCUGACAUUCCCCGAGUACAUCGCCAGCCUCUCCGAGUCUGGCACCAAGCGCAUGGCGGCCGGCGUGCGGAUGGAGUGCCAGAGCCGCGGGCGCUGCCCCUCCUCCUGCCCGCUCUGCCACGUCUCCUCCAGCCCUGACGUGCCAGCCGAGCCCAUCCUGCUGGAGGUCACCAAGGCAGCCCCGCUCUAUGAGCUGGUCACCAACAACCAGACGCAGCGGCUCCUGCAGGAGGCCACCAUGAGCUUGCUGUGGUGCUCGGGCAGCGGGGAUGUCAUCGAGGACUGGUGCCGCUGUGACUCGAGUGCCUUCGGGGCUGACGGGCUGCCCACCUGUGCACCUCUCCCACACCCAAUCCUGCGUCUCUCCACUGAACAUGAGCCCAGCAGCACACUGGUGGUACUGGAGUGGGGCCACUCAGAGCCCCCCAUUGGGGUGCAGAUCGUGGACUACCUCCUCCGUCAAGAGAAGGUCACUGACAGAAUGGACCACUCCAAGGUGGAGACAGAGACGGUGCUGAGCUUCGUGGAUGACAUCAUCUCUGGUGCCAAGUCCCCCUGUGCCAUGCCAGCCCAAGUGCCUGACAGACUCUCCUCCACCAUCUCCCUCAUCAUCCGCUGCUUGGAGCCCGACACCACCUACAUGUUCACGCUCUGGGGAGUUGACAACACGGGAAGACGUUCCAGGUCAAGUGAUGUGAUGGUCAAGACGCCCUGCCCUGUGGUAGAUGAUGUGAAAGCUCAAGAAAUAGCAGACAAGAUCUACAACCUCUUCAAUGGCUACACGAGCGGCAAGGAGCAGCAGACAGCCUACAACACUCUGCUGGACCUGGGCUCCCCCAGCCUCCACCGAGUCCUUUACCACUACAACCAGCACUACGAGAGCUUUGGGGAGUUCACCUGGCGCUGUGAAGAUGAGCUGGGGCCCAGGUAG